UCUCCUCUCCAUUUAAUCUCUGUAGUCAGCAGAACGAGCGGAGCGGCAGAGCAACCACAAACGCAGCAUCCGGGAUGACGACUGGGCUCAAUGAAGGAAGCGAAGGAAGGAAGGGUUGAGGAGACCAUGUAAGCGCUCCAGAGGAGAGAGUGAGCUGUAAAGAAAGAUCCGGCUGGAGUAAGAGUGGGAGAUGAGAGGGAUUGGGGCAUCGCUGCUGUCUGUCUGAGAACCACUGCAGCAGCACUAAAUCUGGGGCUGUCAGACCAACCCUCAGCAGAGCGACCAAGGGGGAAAGGCUCUUUGUAGAGCGGAUCUCAUCAGUCUGAAGCAGCAAUGGGACUGCCACCAGAAGAUCUAAGUUCACAAAGAAAAAAAGUGGAUCUCAAGUGCGGACUUGCCUCAUCCGAGAACUAAAAAAGACAAGUUUUCAAGUCUCAGAGUGGAUUAGUGAGUGGUGCACUGCGUCCGAGUCGUGCAACCUGCGCUGUCAUCUUCCAGGGUCCUCCCUCGCCGCUGUCUCCUCCCAGUGAAUGUCCUCUCUGCGUGCUCUUCCACUGCUCAGCAGUUGAAAACACUCAUGGUCGAUGCCAAGGGAAGGAACAUGAAAUGUCUGACUUUCUUCUUAAUGCUGCCUGAGUCAGUAAAAAGCAAGUCAAGCAAAAGCUCCAAGAAGGGGAAUGCCAGUGGCAGCCCCAAACUGCCCCCUGUCUGCUAUGAGAUUAUCACUCUAAGGAACAAAAAGAAGAAGAAGAUGGCAGCGGACAUAUUUCCUACCAAAAAGCCGGCACCUGCCACGACUGUUCAACAGUACCAGCAGCAGAACCUCAACAACAACAACACUAUACAUAACUGUAACUGGCAAGGACUCUACUCCACUAUCAGAGAAAGAAAUUCUGUGAUGUACAACAAUGAGCUAAUGGCAGAUGUUCACUUUGUGGUGGGUCAGCCUGGAAGGACCAAAAGGCUUCCAGGGCACAGAUAUGUCUUGGCUGUGGGCAGCUCAGUAUUUCACGCCAUGUUUUAUGGUGAACUGGCCGAAAAUGACGAUGAGAUUCAUAUUCCGGAUGUGGAACCCGCUGCUUUUCUGGCAAUGUUGAAGUACAUCUACUGCGAUGAGAUCGACUUGAGUGCUGACACAGUUUUAGCCACUCUUUACGCCGCCAAAAAGUAUAUUGUCCCCCAUCUAGCGCGUGCCUGCGUAAACUUCCUGGAGACCAGCCUGAGCGCCAAGAACGCCUGCGUGCUGCUCUCCCAGAGCUGCCUGUUCGAAGAGCCCGAGCUGACUCAGCGCUGCUGGGAAGUGAUCGACGCUCAGGCCGAUCUGGCGCUACGCUCCGAGGGUUUCUGCGACAUCGACUCGCAGACCCUCCAAAGCAUCCUCCAGCGAGAGACACUUAACGCUAAAGAGAUAGUUGUCUUUGAGGCGGCGCUCAGCUGGGCUGAGGCUGAGUGUCAGAGACAGGAGCUCACUUUGUCCACUGACAACAAGCGGAAGGUUUUGGGUAAGGCCAUGUACCUGAUUCGCAUCCCCACCAUGGCCCUGGAUGACUUUGCCAAUGGAGCGGCCCAGUCGGGCGUGCUGACGCUUAAUGAGACCAACGACAUCUUCCUUUGGUACACAGCUGCCAAGAAGCCUGAACUUCAAUUUGCCAGCCAGCCAAGGAAAGGCCUGACACCCCAGCGCUGCCACAGGUUCCAGUCAUGCGCCUACCGGAGCAAUCAGUGGCGUUAUCGAGGUCGCUGCGACAGCAUACAAUUUGCCGUGGACAAGCGAGUUUUCAUUGCGGGUUUCGGCCUCUAUGGCUCCAGUUGUGGAUCGACAGAGUACAGUGCCAAGAUAGAGCUCAAACGUCAAGGAGUGCUGAUGGGACAAAAUCUCAACAAAUACUUCUCGGAUGGCUCCAGCAACACUUUCCCGGUGUGGUUUGAGUACCCGGUGCAGAUCGAGCCUGAUACCUUCUACACCGCCAGUGUGGUUCUUGAUGGGAAUGAACUGAGUUACUUUGGACAGGAAGGCAUGACAGAGGUGCAGUGUGGGAAGGUGACUUUUCAAUUCCAGUGCUCAUCAGACAGCACUAAUGGCACAGGAGUGCAAGGGGGUCAAAUUCCUGAGCUUAUCUUCUACGCCUAAUGUUUGCACUUGAUACAAAAAUGACCACUUUGUGUAAUGUGGCCUGUUAUUUAUUUUUUUCCCCACUAUUGUCAUUUCCUAUAUGUGAUUUAGGUGAAUGAUUUCUCUGAUGAGGGUCUGAUGUACUGUAUGUCUCGGAUAAUGGCGUGUAGAACUAUAGAGAUGGAAAUAUUGAAAAAUUUAUCUUGCACUUGAUGUGCAUGUACAUAUGAAAAAAGGGAAAUUGCUAAAUGUAUAUGAGGGCACACUCAUGGCUGAGGCAGACUUCAGACAUAAGUUUUAUGAUGAGUUGCUGCACUUAAUAUUAUUUUUACGUUUGCAUAGAAUGCACAUAUCGCAGCAAUACAUCACAUUCUUCUGUAUUCUCUAAUGCGAUUAUGGGUCGGGAUUGUCGGCAUUAUAAUGGAGGGGAAUAUAAAUACAUACUCAUAUAGUCAAAGCACUGUGUUUAACACUCAUCAGGCAUUUGUAUUUGAGUGGUUGUGCUGCUUUUUGGUACUUUGAAUCUACUAAUGACGAGAGGUCUUAGAUUAGAGAGCACUAUGAGACACUUCUUUCUCUAUGUAGCAUGUUGCUCUGCACUUACAAUCACCCCUCUCACUAUAAUUCCAUCAGUGUUGUUAUGCCCAUAGAAAAAUACAAAAAUAAUUAAAAAAGUGAAGUUAUCCCCCUUCCCGUCUUGAAGCAUCUCUCUUUCGUUUCUUUUUCUCUGACUGGCAGUUUAAUGUGUACUGCUAAUUGUUCUUGCACCUUAGGUUUUCUUCACAGGAACGAGAUCAAUGGUGGACUGUGUGCGUGUGCGCGUAUGUGUGACGCUGACUCCCUUCCAGACUUUGUUGAAAAGCUCCACACUUGAAUUGUGUGUACUGUGUUGCCUAAUUGCACUGAUGUUGUUUUGUAAUCAAAUGUUCUUUUUCAUUUUUUUUCCCCGUUGCUCUUCAAAAUGUGUUAUGUUUUUAAAAUAAAAUCUGGUGCGAGAGCAUCCAAGGACAAAAGACAAAGGAUGGUAGGAAAGUCCUGUGUUAAUGUGAUGGGUGACUAUUGAAUGUGGAUGGUUGUUGAUGAAGCUAAUAAAAACAAGAGGUGCUCAUUAAAUGUGAUUCCAUUCUAUUAAGUAUACUUUUAAAUAAUCGUCAAUGCAUUUAAAACACAGACAAAAGUUGAUUCGUGUUAAUUUAAGAGCAAAAGGGAUUGACAACACUGGAUUUUAUCAGGAAUUAAAAUAUUAUACCGUAACCUUCAGAUAAUGUAGCUUUGCCCUUUAAUGGAAAUAUUUCUAGUAAAAAAACUGAAACUCUCUAAUGGCUUCCCCAUUAGUAUGCAAAUGGCGACUCUAGGUUUUCUUUACUGACAAACUAAUUAUUUUUAGAUGCCUAACCAUGUGUUUUAUUCGUUUCCCCGUGGGAUUCAAUUACAUUUCGUUCAACCGCGUCUGAGAGGUCUCCUGUAAUAAUCGUCACCUCUCAUUAAAAAAAGAUUAUUUUCCAAUCUCCACCAAGAAUGGCUAAUCAUGUAAAAAGUGUACAGUAUGAUUGAUGAAUAGACGAAGAGUGACAUUCGUUUUUGCAAUUGUAGUAUAUUAGAACUGACUGAUUUUGGGGGGAGUGGUGGCACACACUAGAAGAUUUUGUGCUUGAAUUGUACUUUUUAAGCACUAAAACCAGUGUAAUUAAUGGCCUUGCUUAAAACGUGAGCAGCACAAUCAUAAGAAUUCACACAGAAACAUCAUCUCGGGCCUCCAAUGUAUUUAGUUCAAUUCAUCAUGGGCUUCAUGCUCGCAGCUCAGUCAGACGUGCUUUUAGAUUUAAUGAUUAUCAGUUAUGCCAUAUGAGUAAUAUUUUAUCUAUCUGAAAGGAAUGCACCCUGUUAUUAAAUGACUCAUCUAAUCUUAUUGUGCUGCACUUUCAAAUCGUGUGCAAAUAAGAAAAAGAAACACUCCAUUGCAUGUCAAUUUAUUUUUCAUUGGACUCUAUAAUCACGGGUUUGCAUGGAGAUUAGCUCAUGUUUAGGUUGCUUUCAGCAAUUUGAAUUUCUCGUAUUCAGUGCCACAAAAAAAGACAUGUACCCUGGUGGAGACGCAUACAAAUGCACAAAAAUCGUCCAGCAAAGACCUAUUGCGGGUUACAAUUUUGUUACAAGAGUGACCACUCCCCACAUGAUGUCCCCUCAGUAAGAGUAGACAAGAAUGCUAAUUGUAUCAGGCAGCAUAUAGAGUGGAACCUCUACUUAGGAAAUUAAUUGGUUCUGGAAGUACCGUAAUUUCCCGAAUAUAACGCACACUUUUUUCCCCCAAAAUCAACUGGUAAACUCAUGGUGCGCAUUAUAAACGGGUACAUGGAUGGAGACAGAAAUAUAUAUGUAUUACAUAUAUAUAUAAACCGAUUUUUUUUCAUUGACACGGCCACGUUGUGUUGAAGAAACGUAUGCGGCCACCCGUUGCCGACCAUUACGGUAUGUGACGUCACCGUUUUGUUUCGGUAAUACUUCACUCUAAUCGGCCGAAUGAUUUCGUCUGUGUUAAAUUCUGCUUUUUUCACUCUUCAUAAAGCACAGAAUUUAGAUUCUUGAACUCAUUUGAGUCGACGUUUAUUGCAGCUCCGCAAUUCGGACCAUAACAAAUGUAAGGACACACACUUCCUGUGUCCGUCAACUAUAUCGGUCCCUCGGGAAACUCAAACCCAAAUAACAAUAGUUCUUUUUGUUACUGUCGUGCUGACAGCUAUGAGCUCUCACGGAUUUCCGACUUACGUUCUCACUUUCAUUUUACCGUAUCAAUCCAUGGAAGAAACAUUUAUUCAUCAUGAGGAAACGAGCAAGUUAUACAGCAGCCUUUAUAAGAAAAGUCACAUCUGUUUUGUUUUCUCCUAGAUUCUGGUAAGUUGGAGAAGUUGUCAAAUCAUAUUAUUACCGUAAAUAUUGUCAGUUCACGUUAAUGUUUUGAACUACCAAUGUGCUAUGCUUGAGCUGUGUUUCACCAGUCAGUAAAAUGACAUCUCUGUAUCUGUACACAAGCUCUGUUUUCUUGUAUUCUUCUAUUUAUUGGUGCUAAAAUUAGGGUGCGCGUUAUAAACGGGUACAAUAAUUUUCCCUAGAUUUUACAAGUAAAUUUGGGGUGCGCAUUAUACACGGGUGCGCCUUAUAUUCGGGAAAUUACGGUACUUUCGUAACUUGAAAAUUCUGGAAUUAGAGACGCGUUUUCCAUGUUUAUGCCCUAAUCCGUUCCAAGCCCUACAAAAUCCAAUCAUAUAUCU